CAGUUCCUGGCGUGUGCUCCGCGUGUCCAGUGCCCACCAUGCGGCCCCUCGUCCUGCUGUGGGGCUGCCUCGUGCUGCCAGGUUAUGGAGCCCUGAAGGGCCCGAAGGAGGUCCGUGGAUUUGAAGGCGACACCGUGUCCCUGCAGUGCACCUACGAGGAGAAGCUGAGGGAGCGCAAGAAAUACUGGUGCAGGGAGAAAAGGAUCCUGAUCUCCCACUGCUCUGGCACUAUCUAUGCAGAAGAAGAUGGCCAGGAGAGCUCGGAGGGCAGGGUGUCCAUCCGAGACAGCCCCCAGGAGCUCAAGCUCACCGUGACCAUGAGGAACCUCACCCUGCAGGACACGGGGAAGUACUGGUGUGGGGCCGAAAGACUGGGCUUUGAUUGGACUUCCCUGGUCUCUCUGCUCGUCUUUCCAGAGCCCUGCUGUCCUGCCUCCCCCAGGCCCUCCUUCCAGCCUCUUGCUACAACGAGCCUCCAGCCCAAGGCAAAAGCUUGGCAAACUCAGCCCCCAGAGUUGACUUCUCCUGGUCUUCACCCGACAGUCACCACAGCCAAGCAGGGGAAGACAGGGCCCGAGGCUUCUCCGUUCACAGGGCCCUCCCCGUCCCAGCACGCAGGAACCUCGCUAUACGCAGGAACCUCUCCUCACGCAGCGACCUCUCCUCACGCAGCGACUUCUCUGUACGCAGAGACCUCUCCUCACACAGCGACCUCUCCUCACGCAGCGACCUCUCCUCACGCAGUGACCUCUCCUCACGAAGCCACCUCUCCUCAUGCAGGGACCUCCCACCCAGCCACAGAACUGGACUCCACCUCGGCAGAGGAUACCAGUCUUGUCCCCAGCAGCAGCAGCUCCAAGUCCAGGGUGUCCACCCCCACGGUCCACAUCUUGGCCCCGGUCCUGGUGCUGCUGAGCCUUCUGCUGGCCGCAGGCCUGGCUGCCCUUGGCAACUACAUGCUCCGGUGGAGGAAGGAAGCUCAACUGGCCACGGAGACACAGAGGAAUGAGAAGGUCCACCUCUCAGACUCGCCGCUCCAGAACGGCGGGGUCCCGGAGUACACCGUGAUCAACCUUGCAGGGCCCACUGGGCCUCAUGCCAGCCCCAAGCCCUCCUCCAGUCCCUGCACGGAGAUCCGGUGCCUAAGCCAGACUUCAGAGGAAGACGAAGCCUCUUUGCACGACCCAGAGGGGGACACCAUCCCAGGGCUUCCCUGCCACGUGUCUGAGGAGGAGCUUGGCUUCUCAAAGUUCGUCUCAGUCUAGCGGCAGACCACCCUCCAGGCCAGGCCUGCUGUGAAUCUGAAUGGCUGGAUUUGCACUAACUCAGAUAAGCUUUCUGCUACAGCUUCAGAGUUCACCCGCCAGACUCCAGGGCUCUCCUCCACCCUCCCCAGGCUCUCCUCCUGCAUGCCCCUGCCUGACUUGGAAGCCUUUGUCAGCCCCGGAGCCUGCAGUGGUGGCCUCACAGUUCCAGCAGAGGCUGGGACCUCCAUAAUAUGUUCACAUCCCUGGGCAGGGAGGGCAGCCACUGGACCGUCACCAGGGCCAGGCAGGCCUCAGGAGAUCUGGUCUGAAUUUGUAUCUGCUACAGGAAAUCCCCUAGGCCCGGGUGCCCAGCAUCAGGCCUCCCCACCCCCUCUCACCCCACCUUCUCCUCCCUUCCUUCCAGCCUCAUACUCAGCACCACUUUCUCCUGCAUAAGCUGGUGAGGAGGGAGCAUGCUGGGGUUAGACUGGAUUCAGAUGUCUUGAAGCGUGGCUGUGAACCACCUGCAUCCCAGUCCUUCAAGAAGCUGGUUAAAAAUGUGAUUC